CAAUGUAGACGUCCCUUAAGUUUUUCUGUGUGCCACGGCCCUUAAGCUUAUGAACGAAAGUUUUUAUAAGUGUUUAAACUUUAUUUUUAUAUGCUAUAGUGAAACAAUGGUGCUGUAUUGUUGUAUUUGUAAGGCAAAAUGGACAUUGGAUAAAGACAUAUCGUUGUUUCGAUUUCCAAAAACAGAAGAUAUGUUAAAAGAAUGGUUGCGUGUUAUACCAACAGUAAAACAAGUUAAGUCACAUUCACGAGUAUGCCAAGCUCAUUUUCGUGAAUCGGAAUAUUGUCGGAUCAGUAACAAACUUAUAUUAAAUAAAAAUGCAAUUCCAAGCAUUUUUUCGCAAUCUGUAUUGAUGAAUGCAGAUUGCUCAAAUAUAUUGGCAUCAGAAAGUUCAGGUAGUGAAUCAGUCAUAAGGAAUAAAAGUACUGUAUCUCCAGAAAAGAUAAAUAUAGAAGACCUGUCUUCAGACAGCUUUGUAUCACUAAAAAGGAAAGGAAUGAAAGAAGAAGAAAUACAAGUAUCUCCUGAUGUUAAGGAUGUUGCAACACAGAUAUCUCCACGGCGACUCCAACCAUCUAUUCGGGAAGAACAAUUACUACAUGAAACUCAAAUUUUGAAGAAAAGAUUAUCCAGAAGAGAUGUAAAACUUGCAAACAUGACAGCUUUAUUACAGCAUUUGAAACAGCAUUUGAAAAAUACAGAUAAGACCAAUAAGUCUUAAGUCUGCCUGGAAAAAGUGGACUAAAAUGUUCAUGAGACAUUGGAAAUAUAUUCAUGAAGGACACGACAUCACCCGGAAGCCAAAUUAGACAGCUACACACUAUGGAAACCUACAAUAGCCAAACUGAUAAUAUUUGCUGCCAUUCGUCAACAUUACAAUGCUACAAUAUCGUCUUUGCAUUUACUGUUUCAAUUAACAAUACGUUUAUAUCUGUUCGCUUAAUUGUACAAUAAAAUAUACUUAAUGAAGACAUAAA